AUGAAACUGUAUCCACGAAUUUUUUCUUCAGCCGCAGCCUUCGCUUUAACUUGUGUAGUAUUCGCAGCAGCCUAUUUCUAUAAAAGUCGAAACACAGAAUUAAAUGAAGUCAUGGUGUUUUGUAAAUUACAUUUAAAUGCCUACAAUUGUUUCGAUAAAUUAAUGAGUUUCAUAGAAGCAGCGAAGCAUAACAUUAAAGUUUGUAUGCCUGGGAUACACAAUGUAGCAAUACAAGGACGCUUAGUUGAAAUGCUGAAAAAGAAAAAUAUCAAGAUUUCAAUUGUAAUAGAUCAGUCCGGGUGCAACGAACCAAAUGAUGUCUUCAUAAAGGAACUUUUAGAUGCUGGUGCAGUAAUCAAGUACAUUAAUACAGAACCGUAUACAAUGCAACAUAAAUUCUGUUUGAUCGACGACAAAGUUUUAAUGACAGGUACACUAAACUGGGGAAACGAUCGAUCGUCAGAUCACUGGAACUACGUCUACAUUACAAGCAAGCCAAAGCUAGUUGAACCAGUCAGCAAAGAGUUCAAAUAUAUGUGGCUCAGUUCAAAAGAUUUGAACUAUUCCCAGUUUGAUAGCAAACUUAUCAACGAAGAUGAGUGUUGUAACACAGAAGUCGUUAAUCUUACAGAAAACUAUAAAUCAGUCCCGUUUGGAAAUAAAGAGACGCUGACUUCUGAAAUAUGCAUAGUGUAA